AUGAUUCCCACAAUCAGCCCCUUGGCUAGCCAUCAGCAGGGCACGUGCCUGCCGCCUGCAUCACCACCUCCCCGGCCUGGGACGUUCACUGCACAGGCAUCCGAGUCUACCUGCCCACAGUGCCCUCCAGGAGAGCUUGGGUGGGGCUUUCCAUCAGCUGCUGAAGGAGGCCCUGUCCCUCAGCGAAGCAGCAAGAAGCUGCUGCAGCGGUACCGCAGCAGUUGCACAGCACCUGUGCCCAGCAUUUACGUCCGAGCAACGCUCUACCUGUCAGCCAGUCCCCGCAUCCAGUGCCGGGCCACUCGAGCACCCUGCAAGGGGGGAGACCAGGCGCUUGCUCCUUCCCGCGGGAGAAACAAGGCUCCGGGCUCCCCGCAAGGAACCUCCCUCCGAGGAGCGGACGUUCAGCGUCGCUGCGGAGAUGAGGCCUCGGGCCGCGAAGGGAAGGGGCAGAGGGGUCCCGGCAGCCCAAAGCCCACCGAGCUGCGGCUGGAGGCCGCGGUUACACUCGGCCCCAGCAGAGUCCGCACUUCGAGGGUCCUCACCCGAGGCCAUUCCUGCCCCGCCGUCCCAAGGGGCCUCAUUCAGUCCCCGAGCCGCCCCCGGGCUGCCCCGCCGCCACUGCGGGGCGACCGCCGGGACCAGGACACCGUCCCGCUGCCCGCCACAGCGCGCCCAGCCCAGCGUUGCUUUUCGUUGCUUUUCUUUGCCUUGCCUUGCCUUGCAAUGCCCUGCCCUGCCCUGCUUUUCCCCGGCUCCCCGGUACCUGCGGCCCCGGCGGGACUUCCCCGGCCGCUCCAUCCGGCGCCGCACCCGCCCUGGACACCGGCGGCUGCCCGUGACGUCACGGCGGCGGGCGGAAGUGCGCGCGCCCCACCACCCCGCCUUCGGCCCCGCCCCCUGGCCGCGCCCCGGCGGCGGAGCGCGCUACCAGGAGCGGCCCAGAGGCACCGGACCGCGGUGGGGAGUGCCGGGCGGCACAGCGGGCCACGGUGGUCACAGGUCCCACUGGUGUCGCAGCGACUCCCUCAGGUUGCUCCCAGCGGCGCGGCGCGCACACCUGCUGUGGUGCCCCAGCUCACGGGGCGCAGCCGCUCCCCCGCUCACAGCGCCUGUCCCAGUUCCUCAGUUAUCCCAGAUCGCCACUGCACACCAGGUCCCCAUGGCCCCAGUUCCCCGGUGGCUGCAGCCCCGCAGACACCCCGGCUCCCCAGAGCGCACCGCCUGUCCCAGUUCCUCGGCUAUCCCGUUUCCCCGGCGCACACCAGCCGCUUCAGUUCCCCACGGCCUCAAUUCCCCGAAGCACACCGGUUGCUCAGCCCCGCAGCUACCUAG